AUGGUGUCGGAUGCGGCUAAGCGCAAGGCCGCGGCCAAAAAAGCCGCGCAGCUCAACCGCACCGCGCAGAAGGUCUCCGCGCCUCCCGCGGACGCUUCCGCCAAACCCGCACACCCUCCCGCCGCUUCCGCCAGUGCACCCGCGGAAAUAGCAGCUUCCGCGAGCGACGGGGAAAGCGCAGGUCGUGGGGAAAAUGGCACUGCGUCAUCGGCGGAGGCAGAAGCGACGGCUGGACUGCCGGUGACACGCGUGGUCUUUCCGCCCUCCCUCACGCCCAAGCAACGCGCCGCACUGCAUGACCUUGCGGAGACUCAUGGGUGGCAACACGAGAGCCGGGACAUGCCGGGCGGCUCGCAACGGCAGUUAGUGCUGUGGCGGGAAGGUGGAGAGUCUGAGGGGGAAGGCAGGACGCUGCAUGUAGGAGCGGAUGAUGGGUGGCAACAGGAGCAGCAGCAGCCAAUGGGAGCGCGCCAGCUGGGAGACGCUCUGAAGCAGCAUUUGGGAUGGGAUGUGCCUGCUGACGCUCUUGGGGGGGACGACAGGGGCGGAAGCGGCACUGAGGGCAAGGGGGUGGGGGGAAGAGGAGGCGGAAAAAGGGGAUCAGGAGCAGGAGGGGGAAGGGGGGGUGCAGGCAUGGGGUAUGGGGCGGCGGGGGUGGGGAGGGUGCAUGGGGGCGUGGCGGCAGACGUGAGUGACUGCAGCGACGUGUACGAGUUCGUCAAGCGGAUGCGGCCUCUGCUGGACCUCGAAAAGGACGCGGAGGUGGCUUUAGCAGAAGAGGCAGCAUCAACCCGCUCACUGGCGUCAGCGCAGGCCAAGGGGCGAGUGCUGUGCCACCUGCGCUGCACGGAGGCCACAUCAGGCCUCAUGGGCAAGACCCUCCUCACCCUCGUCUCCAACAAGACUGGAAAAGGUGCAAGCAAAGGCGCCACAGCAGACGCCGGACCUGCAGGUUCGGGUUCGCGAGCGUCUGGUCCGGUGCUGCCGCCGCACAAGUUCACUCCGCACGACGUGGUGGCGAUACGGGCGAACAAGGCGGAGGGCGCGCAGGCGGCGAUAGCGCAGGGGGUGGUGUACCGCGUGAGGGAGGAUGCGGUGGUGGUGGCCGUGGAUGAUGUGCCCGAUGGGGACGGGCUGGACGCUCCUGUGCGGAUAGAGAAGCUGGCCAAUGAUGUCACGUACAAACGCAUGCGGGACACGUUAGGGGCGCUGAGUCGAACGGGGGAUGUGGGCAUAAGCACGGUUGGGAGGCCCGGAGCAGCACUUAUCCCGGUUCUCUUUGGCCAGUCAGAGCCUCGCCUCGCAAAGGCCCCGCUGCCCUUCACACCUUUCAAUCGCGCUCUGGACGAGUCACAGAAGGCCGCCGUGGCCAAGAGCCUGUCUGCGCACCACGUGGCACUCAUCCACGGGCCUCCGGGCACUGGCAAAACGACCACUGUGGUGGAGGUGGUGGUGCAGGAGGUGAAACGGGGCAGCAAGGUGCUGGUGUGUGCGGCGUCCAACAUCGCUGUAGACAACCUUGUUGAGAGACUCGUGCCACACAAGCAGGUGCGGGCAGUGAGAGUGGGGCAUCCCGCACGACUGCUGCCAUCCAUCCUCAACUCCUCCCUCGAUGCGCUGGUGCAGCAGUCGGACAACAGCGCGCUGGCCAAGGACGUGCGCAAGGAGAUGCAGCAGCUGUCAGGGAAGCUGCUAAAAACGAGGAUAAGGCGGGAGAGGGGCGAGAUCCAGAGGGACCUGCGGCGGCUGGGCAAGGAGGAGAGGCAGCGGCAGCAGCGCGCAGUGGAGGACGUGCUAAAGGACUCCAACGUUGUGCUCACCACUCUCACUGGCUGUUUGUCACGGCACCUUGAGCCCCUGACAUUCGACCUGGUGGUGAUAGACGAGGCAGCACAGGCUCUGGAGGUGUCCUGCUGGGCAGCGGUGCUCAAAGCCCCGCGCUGCAUCCUGUCAGGGGACCACCUGCAGCUGCCGCCCACCGUGCAGUGCGACGAGGCUCAGAAGCGCGGCCUCGGUGUCACACUCUUCGAGCGCCUGCACCGCCUCUACGGGGACCACAUUACAUCCAUGCUCACCGUUCAGUACCGCAUGCACAAGGACAUCAUGUGCUGGGCGUCUGACGAGCUGUACCAGUCGCUGCUGUCCGCGCAUGCUUCGGUGGCCAGCCACGGGCUUCCGGACCUGCCGGGGGUGGCUCCCGGGCCUGUCACGGAGGCUCGGCUGGUGCUUGUGGAUACGACGGGGUGUGAUGAUGUGGAGGAGCAAAGGGAGGAGGAGGGGGAGAGUUUGCGGAAUGAGGGGGAGGCGAGGGUGGUGGUGGCACAUGUGAGGCGGUUGCUGGAGGCUGGGGUGGAUGCGGGGGACAUAGGGAUUGUCACGCCGUACAGUGCACAGGUGGGCUUACUCAAGUCAUUCAGAGAGGACUCUCGGCAGCUGGCUCGCGUGGAGAUCAGCACUGUUGAUGGGUUUCAGGGGAGGGAGAAGGAGGCCAUUAUCAUCUCCAUGGUCCGCUCCAAUGACACUGGAGAGGUUGGGUUCUUGGCGGAUGAGCGGCGAAUGAAUGUAGCUGUCACAAGAGCUCGCCGACAGAGCACUGCUGCUAGAGAAAGUAACCAAGAGCUGAGGAAGGCUGCGCCACUGACCCAAGCAAACACAGCGUUUCCGAAUCAGACAGACAGCAGAUAUUCAACAAUUGUAUCAACAAAUUCAAGCAACCCCGGAUCCAUUGAGGACAGUCGGUAUUUCUUGCAUCCUAUACUCCGUGGGAUGCUGGUAAUUACAGCAUGGAAUUCCGUGUCGAUGGCUCCAAUCUGA